CCAAAGAAUAAUUUGAUUUAACGCAGAAAAACUCAAAGACGAGAAGCAGCCGAGAUGUCGGACGCGUACAACAAGGUUAAGCCGGGGAGGCUCGCUUUCAAGGGCGGCGAGCUUGCAGCAGUCAAGUCUAUCAGCAAGAAGAGACACAAGAUGAAGAAGCACAAGGAAGCGGAGGACGCCUUGGAUGGUGUCAUCGGCGAUGGAAGCGGCGCCGUAGAUGGUGAGAGCGCUGCGAUGGCGGCUGGAGUUGACUUGUAUACAAUUGACGCCGCAAAGAAGAUGAAGUAUGAGGAGCUUUUCCCCGUGGAGACGAAGAAGUUUGGGUACGACCCUGCCAACAAGUCCCGAAAUGGCUCCAGGAGCGUAGAGGAGGCGCUGGACGAUCGGGUAAGGAGGAAGGCUGAUCGCUACUGCAAGUGACCUACUUUUGGUUUUAUGUUAGACUGGUAGAUGGGAUCUGGUUGAUUGAAUUUUCACCUUUUGGAAUUAGGAUUCGAGUUUUUUUUUAAAAUGAAAUAGUUUGACUUUUUUUUUAUUAAUUGCUGAAAUAAGUAUUGCUACUAAUUUUUAAUCGAGUAAAUCUAACAUUUGGAGUACAAGUAGGAAACACAUAUUCACUUUGAUGGAGCGAAACUUUGAAGUUAUUCUAAAUGUUGUUGAUUUCAGGAUAUAUAAAUGUGAUUUAAUUUUUAUGUUA